AUAAAAUCGUACUUUAUGUCGAUCCUCAGGAGUUUCUUCAUAUAUGCCAUAUCUGUUUGUAUAGUACUAUAGGUCGAUCACCGUUACAGGUUAUUCUUAAUCUAGCGUGUAAAAAUAACAUUGUCAUUUUAUCAAACUUCCAAUGAUUCUGUGUAUCGUAGAGUUCAGCAAUUAUAGUUUAAUGUAAAAACUUAUCAUUUCAAAUACGGAAGUUUAUGAGCAAAUCUUACGAAAUUCUACGCAAAUACUGAGUAUAGUCCUAGUUCAUUACAGUAAUACAGAUGUAUGCGGGAAAACGUCAAUCACUUUCACUCCUGUGAACGUUUCUUACUUUAUUUAUAAAAAUGACGGUUAUGAGUACAUUUAAUUAAACGGAAUUUGAAAUAUAGUUAUGUUAAUUUUUCUUUAUUUUAUACGUUGCAUUCAUUAGUUAUCGUUGCUAUACGAUCCUCCAUUUAGUGAGAAAUUCACGUGCAGUAUUGUCAAAAAGUGGGAUAAAGGAGUAGAUUUACUUUCACUUGGCGCCACACUUCCGCUAUUACAGGCGUCGAUGUUCACGAAAACGUUAUUUUACAACACUUUAAUCCAUCGAUUCGCCAUUUCGCAAAAUGAUGUCUCAGUAUAAACGCACAGAUUUUGAGGAUGAGGAGACCAGCAGCACUACUAGCAUGCAGGCAGAUGCGUUGAUGGUUGGAUCAAGAAACACAAAAAGUCCUAGUGGUGGAAUGCCUAAAGUUAAUUAUCAGCACCAUCCACGUAAUCUUUGGCAGCGAGCAACAGUACUUGAAAGGCUAUUAAUGAUAUUAGUUUUAAUGCUAAUCUUAGUCAUCAUCAUACUUUCUGCAAUUUUAGAUAACAAAUCAAGUUCACAUACUAUUAAAGUUGUUCAUGUGACAGCUUACAAUCAUACGACAGCUAAAAGUGCAGAAGAAUAUUGUGUCACACCUGCCUGUGUUACUGUUGCUAGUUCUAUACUUAAUGCUAUGGACUUCUCAGUUGAUCCAUGUACUGAUUUCUAUCAGUAUGCAUGUGGUGGAUGGAUUAAAUCAAAUCCUUUGCCCGAUGGAAAAUCUCUCUGGGGAACAUUUGGAAAAUUGUGGCAAGAAAAUCAACUUGUAAUGAAAAAUGUAUUAGAAAGUAACAAAUCAGAGUUUAAAAGUGAAUCUGAAAGAAAAGCUCGCACUUAUUAUUUUUCUUGUCUUGAUAAAAAUGAGACAAUCGAACAACUUGGUGCUAAACCAAUGCUGAACUUGUUAAAUCAAACUGGAGGUUGGAAUAUUAGUGACAGUUUUGAUGUUCAAAAUUGGAAAUUUGAAGAAGCACUUCAAGCAAUGCAUAAUUUGUUUAAUCGAGGUGGCUUGUUUACCUGGGGAGUUGGAGAAGAUGAACGCAAUUCUUCCAAUAAUAUUAUUCAAGUAGAUCAAGGUGGACUUGGUCUUCCAACAAAAGAUUAUUAUAUAAACAAAACUGAAGAUGAUCCAGUUUUGAAUGCUUAUCUAACUUACAUGACAAAAGUUGGAGUGUUAUUAGGUGGUGAAGAAAAUGCAACACGAAGACAAAUGAAAGAAGUUAUUAAAUUUGAAACCAAGUUAGCCAUGAUAACUAUUCCGGCAGAAGAGCGAAGAGAUGAUGAGCUGCUUUACAAUAAGAUGACAAUUUCUCAGCUACAAGUAUUAGCUCCUGUUAUUAAUUGGCUACAAUAUUUCAAUUUUGCUUUUGCUUCUGUUGAUCGAAAACUUAGCGCAGAGGAAGAAGUUAUAGUAUAUGCUCCACAAUACCUUGGAAAUAUGUCUUCUCUUGUUACGGAUUAUUUAUCAUCAGUUCAAGGGAAAAUUGUACUAAGCAAUUAUUUGGGAUGGAUGCUUGUUCAGUCAUUGACUUCUUGUCUCUCAAAACCUUUUCGUGAUGCUUCUAAAGUUCUGCGAAAAGCAUUGAUUGGCUCAGAAGGUGGUGAGGCAUCAUGGAGGUAUUGCGUUUCUGACACCAAUGGGAUUAUUGGAUUUGCUUUGGGAGCAAUGUUUGUACGAGAAGUAUUCCAUGGUGACAGCAAAAUUAUGGCUGAACAAAUGAUUGAUGAGAUAAGGGAAGCUUUUAAAAAAAAUUUACCAACACUUUCCUGGAUGGACCCUGAAACAAGGCAGUUAGCAAGAGAAAAAGCAAAUGCUAUUACAGAUAUGAUUGGAUUUCCUGACUUUAUUCUCAACCCUGAAAAACUGGAUAAGAAAUAUGAAGGAUUGGAAUUUAAUGAAGAUGAAUACUUUGAUAACAAUCUUCGAGUAAGUAGAUUUUCCUUACUACAAAGCAUGAAAAAGUUAAGAAAACCAACUAAUAAAACAGAAUGGGAAAUGUCUCCUCCAACUGUAAAUGCCUAUUAUACUCCUACAAAAAAUCAAAUUGUAUUUCCUGCUGGCAUUCUUCAAGCUCCAUUUUAUGAUGUAAAUUAUCCAAAAUCAUUAAAUUUUGGUGCAAUGGGUGUGGUGAUGGGACAUGAAUUAAUUCAUGCUUUUGAUGAUCAAGGUAUAUCUGGUGUCUAUUCUUUACUAACAUUUCUCAUAAUCUCCAUAAAACUUCAUUUUUUCCAUAAAACUUUCUUAAUCUGUAUCAUAAUUGAUCAUUAUAUUUACAUAAUCAUAUAAUACAUAUAGAUAAUCAUAUUUGAUAUUACAUGACAGUUUAAAGCAGGGAUUUCAGAUCUGUUUUGCUUGUCAGCCUUUUUCAAAAUUAAAUUUAAUCCAUUACUGCUUUCUAUUUUGAUACAAAAGAUGAAUAAAUUACAAAUAUGAUAAAAUAAAAGACUAAAAUAGGAAUUAGUAAUAAAAAAUAAAUUUAAUCUAUUGACUUCCAAAUGAUCUUUAGUAAUUUAUUGACCCCUAGAUAAUCAGUUGACCUCUUGAGGUUGCUAAUAAUCAGGUUGGAAACUCCUGUUUUAUAGUUUUAUUAACAAGAUUACUUAACAUUACUAACGGUAAGUAAUCUUGUUACUCUUAAAUCUUAAGUAAUCUCUAACAUUAUUCUAAUUAAUUUCUUUAUAUUUUUUAUUUGAUUUCAACUGUGUACUGCCAAUUUUACUUUCCUGGCUGUUAUAGAAUGAAACAACAAAACCAUGAUAAAUCAGUCAAAUUUUGACCUCCCCUGGUUCUUUUGCAUUUCUCAAUGUUUUGGCACUCAAGGAACCCAAAAAAUGUAAAAAAAAAAAAACCUUACAAAAUUACAAGUGUGUGUCAGCUUCUAAUUUGCAUUAUAUCUCAGGACUUGAUGAACUGAAAAUUUUGAAAGUUGGUUGGAUUAUUUCUAUAUAUAGGGCACUUAUGCUAUUAUAUUUUGGUAGUUAAAGAUCAAGGGGUGGAGAAAUAGAGGGGAUUAUGUAUCAUAUCUUGUGUGAGGUCAGACUUAAUGAAAAUUUUACCCAUUAUUGACAUUUAAAAAUUUUUUAAACUUAUCUUUAUCCUGAAAAUUAAGCUGCUUGCCUUUU